AUGGGAUCCCGCAGGCGCAGGGUACCCUGUCCAAUGCUCCUCGGAGACGGAACCAUGUUCCUGACCCUGAGUCCGCUGCUGCUGCUCAUGACCAUCUCUUCUCUCCUUCUCAACCACCAUGGCUCCUGCCAAAGCUCUGAGUUUAACAUUGAUGGGGACUUCAUGCUGGGAGGGCUUUUCCCUGUGCACUACAAUCCAGGUGCUCCUCAGACCUCAAGACCAGAGGUCGGGAACUGUCUCAAGAACCCAGUGUCCGUGAAAGGCUACCGUGCGCUCCAGGUGAUGAGGUUUGCAGUGGAGGAGGUCAGCAACUCCACCUCCAUCUUGCCUAACGUCACCCUUGGUUACCAGAUCUUUGACCACUGCACAGAUGGACACAAUUUCCCCGCUGUUCUGCGGGUCCGUUCCUCCAACGGCUCGGUGACCGCCGGACAGAGGCAACGCCUUGACGACAAUAACUUCAUCGCCUUCAUCGGAGCCUACAGCAGCACAGAGAGCAUGAGCUUGGCCCCAAUGCUGAUGAUGGACAUGUUUCCAAUGGUCAGCUAUUCGGCCACUACGUCCACCCUCAGUGACAAGCUGGUAUAUCCGUCUUUCAUGAGGACUGUACCAACCAGCAAAGCUGAGAUGCGGCUCAUCGUUCAAAUCAUUAAGCAUUUCGGCUGGAACUGGGUGGCGUUCCUCGCCUCCGUGUCCGAUUACAGUGUGAAUGGCUUAGAGCUCUUUGUAGAGCAGACUCAAAACACCAGCAUCUGUUUGGCCUACUAUGAACAUCUCAAUGCCGCAUCACAUCUAAAACAGGUGUUUGACAAGCUGAACAUGCUCAAUGUCAACGUCAUCAUUCUGUUCAUCGAGCCGCAGAUGGCUGUGAAUAUAGUCACCUCUGCUCUGAAACACAACUUCCACCAUAAGGUAUGGAUCGCCAGUGAUGCCUGGGCCUUGAACCAACAGUUACUCAAACUCCAUGGCUUAAGCAAAAUAGGCAGCGUCAUUGGUGUUACGCCAACACAGGUGACUCUGCCUGGCUUUGAGGAGUUCAUCUAUCAGUUCCACCAUGGAGGAGACUCUUUCGCAGAUAAAGGCACCUGCAAUCAGGAGUGUGUGAACUGCUCCUUAAUCAAGCCUGAUGAUGUCAUCAAUUCAGACCCCGCCUACUCCUUCCCUAUCUACUCUGCUGUGUAUACCAUGGCCAUGGCGUUACACAACGCUCUACACUGCAACCAGUCUGGGUGCAAUAAGAGUGAAACAGUUCUACCCUAUAAGGUGCCCUUCUCCAACUGCUCUGUGGAGUGUGAGGCAGGAUACGUUCGGCAGCAGGAUGGGAUACAUGAGUGCUGCUACACUUGUCACAAAUGCCCCAUAAACUACUAUGCCAACCACACAGCUGAUCUGUACUCCUGCAUGGCGUGUGAGAUCUCUCAGUGGUCUGAAGCCGGCAGCACGUCGUGCCAUCAGCGCUCCGUUGAGUACAUGUACCUCUCAGACAGCCACUCCAUUGUCCUCAUAGUGCUGCUGUCCCUCCUCCUGCUGCUGUGUGUCGGGGUGGCCGUGCUAUUUUUCCUCCACCGCAGCACUCCUGUGGUCCGGUCAGCAGGGGGCAGUAUGUGCUAUCUGAUGCUCAGCUGCAUCGCCGCCUCUACCGUCAGCGUCUUCUUCCACAUCGGCCAGCCGACCACCAUCGCCUGUGCCCUCAUCAACCCGGGAUACAUCUUCUUCUACACCGUUUGCAUGUCCUGCCUGUUCGUUCGCUCCUUCCAGAUCAUCUGUGUUUUCAAGAUGGCCACCCACCUGCCCAGGGCCCACGCUCUGUGGGUGAAGCACAGCGGCCAGUGGCUGGUGGUGGCGGCCAUCUCCCUGCUCCAGCUGCUUCUUUGCGUCAUCUGGACGGCAGUCUCCCCGACAUUGCCCACGGAAGACACCACCUCCUUCCAACAUCAGAUUGUGCUGCGGUGCGCUGGGAAAAACGACGCGGUCUCCUAUCUCGCGCUCGUCUUGCUGUGGCUCAUCAGCGGCCUCUGCUUCUGCUUCUCCUACAUGGGAACAGACCUGCCCAAGAACUACAACGAGGCCAAAGGCAUCACCUUCAGCGUCAUGCUGUUCUGCCUGUGCUGGGCUAUUUUCUUUACAUCCGAAAUAGUGUCCAAGUCCAAGUAUGUGCAGGUGGUGAAGGCAGUCGUAGAGAUGUGUUGUUUGUGCGGAAUCAUGUUUAGUUACUUCGCCCCAAAGUGUUGCAUCAUCCUCUUUCAGCCGGCAAAAAACACACAGGAGUACUUUCAAGCCAGCAUUCAGAGCUACACACAAACUAUCAGCAGAAUGUAGACUGCAGUUGACGGCAUUU